GAGACCAUGUGGAGGGCCUUCGAGAACCCGCACACUAGCACCAUGGCGCUGGUUUUCUACUAUGUAACCGGAUUCUUCAUCGCCAUAUCUGUCAUCACCAAUGUGGUUGAGACAGUUCCUUGCAGUUCUAUGCCGAAUCAGAGAGACAUCCCCUGCGGGGAGCGCUACACAGAGGCAUUUUUCUGCAUGGACACGGCUUGUGUAAUGAUCUUUACGGUGGAGUAUCUGAUGCGACUGUUUGCGGCGCCCAGCAGGUACCGCUUCAUGAGAAGUGUGAUGAGCAUUAUCGAUGUGGUGGCCAUCUUACCGUAUUACAUUGGGCUCGUCAUGACCAACAACGAGGACGUAAGCGGAGCCUUCGUCACGCUACGGGUGUUCCGUGUCUUCCGGAUCUUUAAAUUCUCCCGCCACUCCCAGGGUCUCCGGAUCCUUGGCUACACGCUGAAGAGCUGCGCGUCCGAGCUCGGUUUCCUCCUCUUCUCCCUCACCAUGGCCAUCAUCAUCUUUGCCACAGUCAUGUUCUACGCUGAGAAAGGCUCCUCGUCCAGCAAGUUCACCAGCAUCCCGGCCUCCUUCUGGUACACCAUUGUAACCAUG